AUGGCACCCUCGUUUCCACCAUCCGGAGAGUUUCUUCGAUACAUCCGGAAGUCUUCGCGCGACUUGAGAAUUGCAUCUGGUGUUUCGAUAACCCCAGAACAUAUCAAGCGCCUGCUUCUCUCCACUGCUUUCGUAGAUUCUUUCAAGCGUGUAUCCGCCCAGCAUGGAUUGGCACUACCCUUACAGUUUUCCUCUCACGUCGAUGAAUUGAACCUGCUUGCCAUCCUUUCUCUCCUCAAUUUCGCAUCUGGAUAUCGGGUUCCUUUGCACGUCCAAACAGGCAGAGGUGCAUGGGAUUCAAUCAGGGCUUUCGUAUUUUCACUCUACAUCUCGUCCUCGGAAGGCAAUUAUCUUUCUGCAAAAGGACUCAGGGCUAUUAAAACCGAACAAAUCGCUGAACUAAUGAAUAUCAAUAUCCAUGUCGAAACCCCUCAUGAAACUAUUCCAGGGUUAACAAUUGGUGAGGUGGGCGGGCCUCUCUAUGCGUUGGUAAAGCAGAUCGAAUCCGUCCUUAACGAAACUGGGAAAAUAUUGGAGGAGGGAGGUUAUCCUCACCUUGGGGCGUUUGUGGUCGAAGCAUUGGAACGAUCACAAAAAGAGAGAGCGAUAAACGGCGAUAUAGUGGAACCUCUUCUGGAGAAGCUUGUCCGCGCAUUCCCUGGUUUCCGAGAUAUGGCGGAAGUCAAUGGUCAACCCAUCUAUUGCUUCAAGAAAGCCCUGUUUUUGAUCCACGCCAUUUCUAUUCGGUUUGGUUGUCUAUCACCUCCACCGUUUCCCGUACCUUCGACAUCGCACAUUCCGGUAUUUUCUGAUAACGUACUUCCUUCACUCCUCGUUCAUUUGGGUGUAAUCGAUCUAUCAACAUCACCAACAUGUUCCAGUCUAUUUCCUGACUCUGGAACCGAAGAAAAAUUAGCCAUAUUACUGGGGCCAGCAACUUCGCUUAACGAAGAAAAACCCAUAACAAAGGAAACACCCAAGCAAGGCCCUGUUGUCACUACCGACCAGUCGUAUAUCCUUCGUGCCUCAGCAAUUGAUGCCUGCGAACUGAUGGUCGAAACAGCUCAGAGCCUUGAUUUGAGAUCCCUUGGAAAGGAAAACACACAUCAUGAUUGGAUUUCGAAGCUCACUUUACCCGACCUUGAUAUGUGGAUAUGGGCUGUUGCAAAGGACAGAUCAGAUUAUCGUUCACUUGAAAGAUUUGUUGACCAGAAUACUAUUUACUUCUGA